AUGCCAAGAUUCUCUAACAAAGUUGCUAUUAUUACUGGUUCAUCAAAUGGAAUUGGUAGAUCAACUGCUAUUCUUCUCGCAAAAGAUGGUGCAAAAGUUACGAUAACUGGAAGAAAUGCGGAACGAUUGGAACAAACUUUGAAACUUAUUUUAGCCGAAGGAGUUCCAGAGGAAAAUGUGAAUUCAGUAGUUGGUGAUGUUACUACAGUAACCGCGCAAGAUGAGCUCAUCGAUUCGACAAUCAAGAAAUUCGGAAAAAUCGAUAUUCUUGUUAAUAAUGCCGGUUCAGCUGUUCCUGAUGCAACUGGAGCACAAGGUUUGGCUCAAGAUAUUGAUACUUAUGAUAGAAUGUUCGCAUUGAAUUUGAGAAGUGUUGUUCAACUCACAAAAAAAGCAAAAGAUUAUAUUAUUCAAACAAAAGGAGAGAUUAUCAAUGUUUCAAGUAUUGUUUCAGGAGCACAUGGGGUAUGUUUUCAGAUAUAUUUUAUUUAUUUAUCUAUAAAGUUUGUUUUUUAGUUCCCCGAUUCUUCAUUCUACGCAAUGUCAAAAGCUGCUCUCGAUUCAUACACCCGAAACACAGCUCUGGAGCUCAUUGAACAUGGAGUUCGUGUAAAUGCAGUGAACCCAGGAAUUGUAGUAACCGGUUUCCUUGAAGCUACAGGAGCUCCAAAACAAAUCGGUGAGAAACUCUACGAUUACUUCGCAUCUCACAAAGCAUGUUUGCCAUCAAAAGAACUCGGACAACCAGAAGAUAUUGCAAAUCUUAUCGCGUUUUUGGCUGAUCGCCCACUUUCAAAAUAUAUUAUUGGUCAAACAAUUGUGGCUGAUGGUGGAACUACUUUGGUUUUAGGAAUUGGAGCACACAAUAUUGCUGAUAUUCUUUCAAAGUAA